AUGGCGUCCACGAGACUUCUGACAUGGAUCGCCAUCCUCAUCGGUGUGCUGACACCCGUGUUCUACCUGCUGGAGCAGAACCUGGAGGCCUUCUACAUCUUUGACCGGGCGCACCUGCACGACCUGGCAAAGCGCGGGAUCGCGGCGCACGGCAACGACACUCAGAGCAUCGUGCGCUACAUCACCAAGGAGCUCCAUGACAUGCACCCUAACAACGUCAACUUGGAAGAGGAGUACAUCUUCAACAAUGCUGGCGGCGCCAUGGGUGGCAUGUAUAUCAUCCAUGCUAGCGUGACUGAGUACCUCAUCAUCUUUGGCACCACCAUCGGUACCGAGGGGCACACGGGCCGGCACACGGCGGACGACUACUUCCACAUCCUGACUGGUGAGCAGUGGGCAUACACGCCCGGCGCGUACCUGCCGGAAGUCUACCCCGCGGGCUCCGUGCACCACCUCCACCGCGGCACGGUCAAGCAGUACAAGAUGCCCGAGGGCUGCUUCGCGCUCGAGUACGCCCGUGGCUGGAUCCCGCCCAUGCUGUUCUUCGGCUUCGCCGACGGCUUGAGCUCGACGCUGGACUUCCCUACCCUGUGGAGGACCACGUGGGUCACCGGCCGCGAGAUGGUCGGCAACUUGCUGUUGGGCAAGUUCUAG